GGAUUUCCACCAAAGAAUGCAGUGUUUAUGUCACAUAAGCGUUUAGUUCUCUAUCUUAGGCUCUAUCUAACUCAAAGCAGUAAAGCAAAUUUACCUGUUAUCGUCAUAAAACCAUCCCAAGUUGUCGGCUAUAAGAUGAUUGUUGUUACAUCCAGGACAUUUGACAAUAACUACUCCUUUAGAAUAGGCCUGUUUACUAAUAAGCUUCUGUGAUCGUGUUUCACACACUUUGCACGUGAAUACUAGAUGAAACUUAUCACUUUGAUCAAUCGACCCCAGCGGUUUACAACCGCUAUUCGUCGCCUUACUGCAAAAGCUACGCCAUAAGGAACACGUUCUCGUAGAUGUAGCUGUAGUUAAGGAAGUACUGAAACUAAAAGGUCUUCUUAUCAAAUGAUUCCACGAUACUUGUCUUAAAACGCGAUGCGACCUUGCACACACGUUGGCCGCCAUUUCACUUGUUACCUAUGUGUUCAUACACCAAACACGUUUUGAAACUCACUGACAUCCGCUGGUAUGAGCGCGGGCUUGUGUCUCGUCAGAUAUGGAGGAGAGGUCUGAUACAUAUGGCGGUGUGGAGGAGAGGUACACUUCGCCUGCCCCAAUAUAAUGUACUAGAUCUUCUCAACAGAUCGAAUUCGUUGAAGAUCAUAUGCAAACGAUGUGCAAGUCAAGCUCAAACGUCUGAGGAUAGAAAACCACGCUCGAUGGUCGGUCGAUGUGGUUUAUGUUACUAAACCCUGCAUCAGUUUUCAAGUUUUUAGAAACUAGAUGUAUCUUCAGCUAUUAAUUACUGAACUGAUUUGUUCCAAACAUGGUUGUUGGUUUGGGUAAUCUUUCCCUUCCUGACACCCGCCACAGUGUGGGAAUGCUUGUAGUUGACUCUCUUGCCAAGUAUUUGGGAACUUCUUGGCAUUUCAAUAGGCAAUCUUUGGGUUACGUAGCAGUGACAAAAGUUGGUCACCUAGAAAUUAUACUACUGAAACCUUCUGUUGCAAUGAACUUGAAUGGAAGGAGCAUUUCAAAAGCAGUUGCAAUGUAUAAAGUGAACCCAUCUGAUGUUAUUCUUGUUCAUGAUGACCUUGACAGACCUGUAGGGAAGUACAGUUUAAAACAUGGAGGAAGUGCUGGGGGUCACAAUGGAGUAACAUCAGCAAUUGCAUCUCUUCACUCUGAUAGCUUAAGGAGAGUUCGUGUAGGGAUAGGGAGACCAAGCAAGAGAGAUAAUGUGACAGAAUAUGUCUUGAGCAAUUUUGAUCCAUCAGAGAUGCUUGUCAUGGAAAGAACAAUAGAACAAUGCUGUGAUGUCCUCAUGAAGGAGCUUCAGUUAUUAAGAUCUUAGGAGAGUGUCCACUUUAGUGUAGUGCCAGGGCAGUAGUUUUUAAAACAUAACUCUGCAGUAUUUAUUUAGUUGCCUGCCUCCUAGAAUUCAAUCAUUAUUAAGAGCAUCUUCAACAAAGUUUAUUUCAGACUUGAAAUUUCAACAUAAAUUUACACUCUCAUUUUCUUAUUUACCUCAAAUGUGUCCUGUUUAACCAUUACCAUCAUUCAUGACUUUGCCAGGUCUACUUGCCUCUCAAGAAAAUAAAAGAGCUUCUUAAU